UUAUACAAACAGUGACCACCACCACCUAACCCAGUUGAUGGAUGCCCCCUAAUGGCAACACAUGUCCAUUGGGCAAUGGUACAUUCAUUGUUGCAGCGGUGCACCCCAUUUCCCCACUCAACAACAACAACUCAUCAAGCUCUUGUUGUUGGGGCUAGAGUUAGGGUUUCGUUGGAGUUCACCACUCGAGCUCGUAUGGGUUCCUCCGCCGCAGAGGCCGUCACUUCCAUCCCUUCCGACGAAGUUCUGGUACAGUACGUGGUGCUCCGGCGAGACCUCAUCGACACGUGGCCGCUUGGGAGCGUCGUAACGCAGGGAUGUCAUGCCUCGGUAUCGGCCAUUUGGUCUCACAUGGACGAUCCUCAUACUCUAGAUUACUGUAGCCCUACCAAUCUCGAUUCUAUGCACAAGGUUACUCUUGAAGUAAAGGGAGAAACCCAGAUACGGAACUUGUCAGAAAAGCUCACAGCUGGUGACAUCGCUUAUAAGCUGUGGAUCGAACAACCUGAGAACAUUCCCACAUGUCUUGCCACAAAACCCUACCCUAAAUCCGUAGUGUCGUCAUUUUUCAAAAAGCUGAAACUCUGUAAGUGAUGGGAUUUUUUUAAGUGUCAUCGAAGAAUUUUAGUAAUGCAGAAUUAUCAUCUUCGUUCAGUUAUAAAGUGAAGUCGUAUCCUAUAAAUACAUUUUCAACGAUUUUGUUUCUUUUUCUUCAAUGGUGAAGAAACUUGUGUUUGGAGCUGAAGUAAAGAUGGGUCUAUCAACUAAUAUUUGACAUCGUAA